AGCAGCUCCGGGUACCCCGCUCUCUGUGGACAGCCCUUCUCCGGGCUUCGGAGGCAGUGAGCCCGUCUGUGCAAGGUGAAAUAUCAAGAGGGCAUGGCUCACCUGGGUGAUCGUAAAUGGACUCACGUGUUCCCUUUCCUGAUGGUGUCCCUGGUGUACUCUGCCCGUGCCGAAUACUCCAACUGUGGUGAGAAUGAGUACUACAACCAGACCACGGGCAUGUGCCACGACUGCCCCAAGUGCGAGCCGGGUGAAGAACCUUACAUGACAUGUGGAUAUGGCACCAAAGAUGAGGACUAUGGCUGCAUCCCCUGCCCUUCAGAGAAGUUUUCCAAAGGAGGCUACCAGAUAUGCAGACGGCACAAGGACUGCGAGGGUUUUUUUCGAGCCACAGUCAUGACACCUGGGGAUCAGGAGAAUGAUGCAGAGUGUGGUCCCUGUCUCCCAGGUUACUACAUGCUGGAAAACAGACCUCGGAACAUCUACGGGAUGGUUUGCUACUCGUGCUUGCUGGCACCUCCCAACACCAAGGAAUGUGCAGGCACUAACUCUGGCAUUUCAGCCAUUUUCCCAAGCACCUCUGGCACAAGCACUUUCUCACCUUACCAGCAUGCUCACAAAGCAGAUCUUUCAGGACAAGGACAUCUGGCUACAGCUCUCAUAAUUGCUAUGUCUACUAUCUUCAUAAUGGCUAUUGCCAUUGUCCUCAUCAUCAUGUUUUACAUCGUAAAAACAAAGCCAUCUGCUCAAGCCUGUUGCAAGAGCCAUUCAGUAAAAAAUGUCGAAGCUCAAGCUAACACACAAGAAGAGAAGAAAGAAGUGCAAGAUAAUGUUGUGAUAUUCUCUGAGAAAGAAGAGUUUGAAAAACUUACAGCAACUCCAGCUAAGGCUGUCAAAAGUGAAAAUGAUGCAUCUUCUGAGAAUGAACGACUUUUAAGCCGGAGUAUGGAUAGUGAUGAAGAAGCUGCAGUUGACAAGCAAGGGACUCCAGAGAGAUGCUUGUUAUCUUUAGUGCAUCUGGCCAGAGAUAAAUCUUCUACAAGCAAUAAAUCAACUGGGAUUCAAAGUCGAAGGAAAAAGAUACUUGACGUGUAUGCUAAUGUAUGUGACGUUGCAGAAGGUCUGAGUCCUACAGAGCUGCCAUUUGACUGCCUGGAGAAGACCAGCCGAAUGCUCAGCUCGACCUACAACACAGAGAAAGCCAUCGUGAAAACGUGGCGUCACCUGGCCGAGAGCUUUGGGCUGAAGAGGGAUGAGAUUGGAGGGAUGACAGAUGGCAUGCAGCUGUUUGACCGCAUCAGCACAGCAGGUUACAGCAUCCCAGAACUGCUCACCAAACUGGUGCAAAUCGAGCGACUGGAUGCUGUUGAAUCCUUGUGUGCAGACAUUCUGGAGUGGGCACAAGCAAUGCCAGCUCCUGAACCUGCGGGGACAUCCUGACAUGCCAGCCUGGGGCCUGCACUUCCACAUCAGAAGCGUGAUUCCAGUAAGCACUGCAUCAAAGACUUUGGACUAAAGACCAUUGAUGCUUCUUCUACAUAAUUGCUCACAAUUACCAAUGGGAAGCUCUUCUCUUUGAUUUCUGAAAGUGAAGUAACACAUCUACCAAAAAAGAGCAGAAAUUUCCCAAGAAGUUUGGCAUGAAACAGGUCAUUAAGCAAAAUGAUCAUGUUAAAAAGUUACUGAUUAUAAGAGGAGACACAAACAUCCAUUUUGCAGUCUGUGUAUGAGUAGAAGGGCAAAUAGCCCUUCUCAUAUCCUUCCUGCCUGGCCUUCAGGAAAGGCAUUGAAUAGCUCUGGAAAUAUUUGUGUCUCUUAGGGCUUCAUUCAAUGGUACAGUGGUUUAACAGCUACAGUCAGAAGCAGUACCACAGCUACAGUAUCAAUUAAUACACAUUGGGCACACACAUUUCUAUCUGCUACAAACAGUUUCAUUUUCUACGCUUGUUAUGAGUUUGUUGAAUCUAGAAGUAUGUGCAUAGGUGUAUAUGCACAGUGCUCAGAUUAACUAUGCUACAUGGAAAAAGAAUCAACAUAACUUACAGGUUGAAGUGCUUCAAAACAAUCCACAUAAUGUACAUAAAUGCAUUCUCGGUCCAUACUGACAUUUCAGAAAUUAUAAAUUCAAACUGCUGACUUGCUGAGGACAAGCUGGUUAGCAAGUGGGCAGUAAAAGUGAGCAGUUACUCCUUGCAAGUUGAGAGCAAAAUCUUUUCUUUACUGUUAAGAAAAAGCAAAACCAAAACCAAAACCAGAUUGUCCAUUAAAAAGAUACUUCUCCAAUAGUGACAUCUAUAUAUCAAAUUAUAUUCCAACCAGAGGAAUUGCAGACAACAGUGGUGCACAUAUGAUACAAGGAGAAAAAUAGUAGAUUUCUUUAGAGACACUUGAAAUGCAGAGGAAAAAGUGUUCUUAAUGCUAUAAGCAUUAUAUAAGACCAUGAGCACAGAAGCCACCGGUGACAUUAAACUCAUCUGGAAGAUACUGCACUGUUGUGAGUUUGUGAAGUACAAACAUUGACCUGAUUUGGUUUUCUUUAAACUGCUGUCUGAUUUUCACAGUUAAAAUAUAUCUAAAACUCAUUCAGACCACAGGUCAGUGUCUGUUACCAAAUCUAUUUGCCUAAUUUAUAGUAAAAAUAGUGAUGACAGAUUUCACUAAGUGCAACCCCUAAAUUAAGAGACGUGUCACUUACAAAGCAGUACUUCUUAAAUUCCAAAAUCCACAACUGAGCAAAAUGCUAUUAAAAAUACUUGCUGUUACCCAGAAUUUAACAACCAGCAUUCCAUCACUUAGUAACUACAUCUUAUCUAUGAUAGUAUCAUAAUCAUGCAAAACAACUAGAUCUUAUCUAUGAUAGUAUCAUAAUCAUGCAAAACAUUUAGCAUCACCCUUUAACUUCUAUAUUUAUUGUUUCAGCACUUGAUUUGUGUAUGAUGGGAAUACUGCAACAUAAAACCUAUCCCUCUCAUUAUUCUUUUUCCAUCCUUUCUUUCACAUCGUAACACACUCUUCAUUAACCUGCAUAUGCCAAAUUUGAUAAGAUUUUAACUCUUCUUUCAAUGAUGCAGCAAGCUGCAUUUAUUUGAAAUUAGCUAGCUGAUUGAUGUUGAAUUUAGGCAUGAAAUUCUUGCUGUCUUGAAAUCAAUGACAAAUUAAUACAAAUUUCAACAGGCUUCAGUAAGAUUUCUAGAUCUGCUUACAGGUCAGCAAUCUUCAACAUGACUUUCAAGACCAUGAAUUUGCAGGUUGUUUUACUAUUGCUACUAGAAUAUUAAAAAAUCCAAAAGGGAAAGAAAGAAAAAAAGCAUCAAAUUUCAAUUUUUCUUGUGCCAGUGUGUAACUACAGUGUUAUUCAGUGGACUGCCUCCUAUGUUCUAUGUGCCAUUUAAAACUUCACAUCACUUAUUUGUUAAAAAGAAGAUAAAGAAGAUACAGGAAUCUUCUUCUGUUUAUGUUUAUUGGGCCAUGAAAAGCUAAGGUUUUGAAACUGAUGGUGCCAAUGAGAACACAGACUAUUUAACAUUAUUUUAUUUAGUAUACAGUAUUUUUAUUGUUA